CCACCUCCAUCCAAGAUGGCGGGUCUCUCUUUGUAUUACGAGGACUCCCAGGACGAUCUGGAGGAGUUCGGGUUUGAAGAAUACAACACAGACAAUGAAGGAGUAAGGAUAGCAUCGUUCUUGGAUUUGCCAAAUCAAGAUGAAUUGACUCCUCUUUCUAGAUUGGAGAAGUAUGCAGCUAGUACCAAUGUCUUUAACAGGCAGAUUGUUGCGCGAGGACUCUUGGAUGUUCUGCGAGCUUUUAGCGACGAUGAGCAAGAUUUCACGGCUGUUAUGGAGACUAUUGUUAGACUCUCUGAUGAUACAGAGCCCACUGUACGUGCUGAAUUAAUGGAACAAGUGCCACACUUAGCCAUGUUCCUCCAGGAGAACCGACCAUCUUACCCGAUGGCUUUUUCUAACUAUCUGGUGCCUGUUGUCAUUAGAUACCUCACUGACCCUAAUAACCAGGUUCGAAAAACAAGUCAGGCUGCCCUGUUGGUGUUACUGGAACAGGAGCUGAUUGACCGAGCUGAUGUAGAGCUAAAAGUUUGCCCAGUUCUGCUGGAUCUCACGGCUCUUGAAAGUGAUGACGAUUAUAAGAUUGAAGCUGUAGCAAUCAUUUGUAAAAUGGCCUCCAUACUGACCGGUGAAAUAACUGAGCGUCUGCUACUAUUUCGAUUUUGCGAACUGUGCACUGAUGGCAAGCUGUUCCAUGUUCGUAAGGUAUGUGCAACUAAUUUUGGAGAUAUUUGUAAUGCAGUUGGCCAGGAAGCAACUGAAAAGUACAUGAUCCCCAGGUUCUUCCAGCUGUGCUCGGACAAUGUCUGGGGCAUUCGGAAAGCAUGUGCAGAGUGCUUCAUGGCAGUGUCCUGUUCUGUUUCACCUGAGGUGCGCAGGGCUAAACUCUCCCCACUCUUCAUUAAUCUCAUCAGUGACCCUUCCAGAUGGGUCCGCCAAGCUGCGUUCCAGUCUCUAGGUCCAUUUAUCUCCACUUUUGCCAAUCCAUCUAGUGCUGGCCUGUAUAUCAAGGAGGAUGGUACACUGAGCAUUAGACAGCUGGACAAUAGCGUUGCAGAUGUCAGUGCUUCCUCCAGAGAUGCAUCUGAAAUUCAGAACCAAGGCGCUUUGCAGGAAGCCACUUCAUUAAGGAAGGAUGAAUCGAGCAGCAUGGAAAGCCUGCUUCAGCAAGAAGAGACAUCUGAGCCCCAAGGGAAUGUUCAUUUGAACUCUGAUUUGGACAGUAAUGAUUGUCAAAUGGAGAUACCACGACCUGAUCCUUCAAAUAGCACUUCUGUAUCAGAUGAUCAGGUAGCAACGGACAAUGCUGCUGAUAAAAGCAAAUGUCUCACUACAAGCGAACAUUUAGAAGUAGCAAUUGCUAAAGAAACUGGGAGGAUUUGCACCACAUCCCCUCUAGUAAAUGUGGAGCACUCUGUAGACAUGUUUAAUUCAUUUGUUUAUUGGAGAUCGCCUUUACCUGACAUCAGUUUUGACUUGGAGAUGCUGCAAUCAGUAGUAAAAGAGGAACAGCGAGAUCAGAAUGUCGGCUCUAUUUCAGGGACACUGUCUGAAGUUUCCACGGCGAGCAGUGAACUGGAGAAAGUGCUGGAGAGCUUGCAAGCACACCUGGAUGAUCCUGAUGUACAAGCACAGGUACAGGUGAUUAGUGCCGCACUUCGAGCUGCACGAUUGGAUUCUGCACCAGGAGAAGAAUUGUCACCUGAUGCUGAAAAUACAGAAGAGGUCCAGGCUAAUACAACACUCUUCAGUCCAGUACUUGCUGCACCCACAGACACUAUGUGCGUCAAGAGUGAUGUGUCGGUGGGCUUGGACACAACAGUUGAGGUUUCAAGGUCAUCAACAGAGCAUCUGGUUGAACGUUUUGAAUCUAAUGAAAAUGAACAGAUUAUGAACCUGAGUAGUAAGACACAUUGUGAUGCUGGGACAUUGGAGAUGGAACAUGACAACAGUUUACUUUUUGGUGAUGAUCAAUCAAAAAUCCAGGAUGUUAUUCCACAGCCAUUGCUGGACCAGUACCUGUCGAUGACAGAUCCCUCCCGAGCUCAAACCGUUGACACUGAAAUUACAAAGCACUGUGCAUACAGUCUUCCAGGUGUGGCUCUAACCCUUGGCAGGCAGAAUUGGCAUUGUUUAAAGAAUACUUAUGAGACUCUGGCGUCCGAUGUGCAGUGGAAAGUCCGUCGAACGCUGGCCUUUUCCAUACAUGAGCUGGCUGUGAUCCUCGGUGAUCAACUGACUGCAGCUGACCUGCUUCCUAUUUUCAAUGGAUUCCUGAAAGAUCUGGAUGAAGUGCGAAUUGGAGUCCUCAAGCACCUGUACGACUUCUUGAAGUUGCUGCAUAUGGACAAGCGACGUGAGUAUUUGUACCAGCUCCAAGAGUUCAUGGUAACAGAUAACAGCAGGAAUUGGCGUUUUCGAUACGAAUUAGCAGAACAGGUAAUUUUACUGCUGGAACUGUACAGUCCCAACGAUGUGCAUGACUACUUACGACACAUCGCUCUGUCACUCUGUUCGGAUAAGGUUGCUGAGGUUCGGUGGAUUUCCUUCAAGCUGGUGGUAGAGAUCCUAAGGAAAUUCUAUACAUCUGCUGCAGAGUCGUUAGCUGUGAACUUCAUGAAUGAGCUCACUCUUCGGUUUUGCCACUGUGCCAAGUGGACUGGGCGGCAGGCAUUUGCUUUUAUCUGCCAGGCAAUAGUGGAGGAAGAUUGCAUGCCUGUAAAUCAGUUUGCGGAACACCUUCUUCCCAGCCUGCUUGGUUUAGCUAGUGAUCCGGUCCCAAAUGUUCGAGUGCUGCUGGCCAAGGCACUGAGGCAUACUUUAUUGGAGAAAGCGUAUUUCACAGAGGCUGAUAACCCUCACGUAGAAGCUGUUGAGAAGAUCGUCUUGAUCCUGCAAUCGGACAGAGACCGUGACGUGCGUUAUUUUGCAAGCACUGAGAUCAGGAGCAACCCCGUAAACACCACCACCUUCAUAAACUGAGAAUGUUUCCAACAAAGUUGUCUGACUUCCUAACCACAUACAGUUGCUGAACUGGUGCUGGACCGGGUCGACACUGUCUCUGGCACACAAUGGAGGUGACAUGUAGUGGCAAAGAGACUGUUAUGUUGGUCUGCAGGCUGGGUCAGGACUGGAGGAUGCAGAGCACCUUCCUCUUUGUCAAAUACAGAGCUUUUAAUAACGAAGGAAAGAGGAUUCCAGGUUGAGCUGGUGUGGAACUCGCUAAUAGGUGGUGACUACAAGAGCCAUGUUUCCUUGACUGUUUUUAGAUCAGAAAACUAAUGUGGAAGUUCCUUUUUAAAAGCAUCCUUUGACACAAAUAUUUGUAUUUGCUAAUACAAUUGUAUUUCUACAAACAAACUAAUUUGGAAAUGAUUACAGCAUGUUAUCUUUUCUAAAAAGAAGCUGUACUUCUAACUUUCCUAAUUCUACAUAAAUUAUUUGUAUUAAUAUCCCCAAAUGACAUGCAUUUGUAAGUUUCAGAAAGCAGUGAGCACAAUGAUUUUUGAGUAUAGUUUAACUUUUUGAAAACUUGUUGAUAUCUGUAUUGUUCUGCCCCACUUCUCACGUGUAGAUAUUUUCCAUUUCUGCUUUGAAAGUCACACUGUGUAUCCAGUUGGUUGACUUCAGCUCUCCUUCUGGGACUAUGGCCUCUGAAAGAGAAGUGGAGCUUGUAUUCCUUUCACCUACGGGCUUCCUGGUCUGCCCACCCCAACUUCUCAAUGAACACCUGAGCCAGUUUAGUUAUUCAAAAACUAACCGGGAAGGUACAAGAGCACUUCAAGCCAGUGGAAGGAGAUUAGCCUGACUGCUACACUGGAGCAUUUUAAUUGUGUACAUUCACAAUGUAAUUGGGAACACUGGUUUUGAGUUUGAUGGCACUGAAAAUGCAACAAUACCUUUAAUGACAAGGUUAGAGGACUGGUAUACAUUCAGUUUUAACUGUAGUAAAUGUGAAGUAGAAUGAAUUUUAAUCUUCUUUUAAAAGUUAAUUUAAUUUCUUUUAUCCUUGGAUUAGCUGCUCCAUAGCUGCUGAAGGGAGUGUGAUGUGUGCUUGGAGCUGGAACUGCAGGAUACUCCCAAGAUAAAGGAGAGGUACAUUAAACCUCUGCCUGAUUAUUUGGUGCUGAAUUUGGCUGGAGGACUGCUGGUACCAGUCUGGGCCUGCUUCGGUAUCCACCACAGUUUCCACUACAGCUUCUUCUCUUGGAGACUCUACACAGUCAGACUUCAUAGCUCACUACAGUGGAUGGUUUCUGGGCAAUAGGUAUCAGGGAACAAGCCAUAGCUAGCUAGCUGUAGUGGGGACUUGGUUCUGCCUUUAUGAAAGUGAUGGCAAUGAUUUUACCCAGUAUGGGUGGAUUCCUCUUUUUGGAAAGGCAGUUUUGGGAAUCCCCUGAAUGUGCAAAGUUUCUCUGUCCUUGUUUGUCAUCUACUCCUUCUCCACACGUUAUGGUGAAACAAAUGGCCUGCAUCAGGAUUUCCUGCCUUUGCAAUUAUUUUAUUUUGAUGCCAACUUGUAUUACGAAGCAUUUUUUAUUGAAUGGUGUAUAGGAAUGAGGUUUUUGUAUAGUGUAAAGGCUGAUUAUAUUGUAACUAUAGUUUCAAGUUUGGGUUUUUACAAUUAACAUUAAAUACUGUGUUG